AGUACAUCCGUUACAUAGGGACCGAUUGUUUAAGGAUUCUGCUUCCAUCAACAGAAAAAACAGAGGGGAUAACUUUUUGGAAUUCAGCCCAGUGGAGUUCUCUUUUAUUCUCCUAUCUCUCCUCCUCGGCUUGCAACAUCUCUCCUUCUCUCUCUCUUUCCCUCUAUCCCUCUCUCCCGUUCUCCCCAGAAAGGCAGACGGUUAAGAGAGUACUUUUACUAAAGAAACAAGUAUCAGGUACCACGCAGCGGCCACAGCAGCAUCUCUCAGGAUGCAUAGCUUCAUGGGUGGGGGCCUAUUCUGUGCCAUGGUGGGGAACAUCCUGCUGGUGGUUUCAAUGGCAACAGACUACUGGAUGCAGUACCGCCUGUCAGGCAGCUUCGCCCACCAGGGCCUGUGGAGGUACUGCAUGUCAGGCAAAUGUUACAUGCAGACGGACAGCAUCGCGUACUGGAAUGCCACCCGUGCCUUUAUGAUCCUGUCAGGGAUGUCGUGCUUCGCGGGCAUCAUUGCGGGCAUCCUCUCCUUCGCCCACUUCUCCGCCUUCGAGAGGUUCAACCGCUCCUUCGCUGCAGGGAUCAUGUUUUUCAUCUCCAGUUUAUUUGUUCUGCUGGCGAUGGCCAUCUACACGGGUGUGACAGUGAACUUCCUGGGCAAGCGCUUCGGUGACUGGCGUUUCUCUUGGUCUUACAUAUUGGGCUGGGUGGCACUGCUCAUGACCUUCUUUGCAGGGAUAUUUUACAUGUGUGCCUACAGAAUGCAUGAAUGUAGGAGAGGAGGCGGCCCUACACGCUAGAGAGAAAGACACAGCAAGAUACACAAACUGUUUUUAAAAAGAGGACCAUUUAACACUGAAUGAAUGACCAUGUUUAUCCAGAGAGGCCAACAUAUGACAGAAAGCCUUUGCGACUGCUUGGGCCUCCAUUCCCUGAUGUUUCCAAUGGAUUUCCUGGAUAAAUAAAGGUUUGAUUAAAAAAAAUAUACAACAGCUUUCUGCCAUUCACAUGAAAGGAACAUUUACGAGAAUGAUAAUGCAUUUAUUUAUAAAGUCAAUAUGACUCAUUUCAUUAUCUAUGUGCAGUUAACAGGAGAAUAUGUUUCAAAAUGGCUGACACUGCAAGUGUUAUGAUAUCUCCGUAGUGCCUUUUUCAAAAACAUAUAUGCAAGAUGAUAACAGGCUUUUUGUACAUGCAAAUGUGUUGUAGUUUUGAUAAGGAAUAUGGGCAGCGAUGCUGACUUUACAAUUUCUCAUUUUCAAUAAAGUUCCUCUCUAAA